AAAUCACCUGCCAGCACGCCACGUGUCCAGCCAACUCCACGUGCAUGCCAACGACGGACAGCAAGGCCGUCACCUGUGCAUGCAACCCCGGCUUUGCCGCCGUCAAUGGCACCUGCCAAGACUUGUGUGCUGCGGUGAAGUGUGGGCCUGGCGGCAACUGCACGAAGGAUGCGAAUGGGAAGCCAUCCUGUAGUUGCAACACAGGCUUUAAGCCGUCGAAUGACUCCCUUUCCUGCAUCGACUUGUGUGACGCGGUGAAGUGUGGCCCUGGAGGCAACUGCACGAAGGACGCGAACGGGAAGCCACUCUGUGCAUGCAACACGGGCUUUAAGCCGUCGAAUGACUCGCUCUCUUGCAUUGGUGAGUGGGAGGAGAGCAACGCAGAGCCCGUGCCUUGUGUUGCAAGCCCAGAAAAGCAUAAGUCUACCUCCUCUGAUCUCUAA